GUUUCCUUGAUAAGAAAAAGAGUUACAGUAAGCAGUACGACCCUCCCCCAUUCACGGACAUGUUUUCCGACACAUUAUGUAUGUAUGUCGUGUGUCCAUGGAAACUUUGUUUUGGGGAGCUGUCCCAUCAGUCUUCAACCUCUCUUCACUUUCCCUGUUCCAAGUGCCGUGCUUUGCCCUUUGGGAAACGCAACUCUGGGAGUUCAACAACCGGACAAGGCCCUGUUGACUGACCUCAUCUUUCUUUUCCCACACUGACAAUCAUCACAUAAUAUCUUCCUCUGUUCAAUCUUCUCCUCCGCUGGGCGUGGACACUGUAUACGCAACAAAACACAUUCUCGCCUUAUACCGAAACACGACGACCACUACUACAACAACGGCCAGCAGCAUCGGAUACGGACGGGUGAUAUCCCCGAAAAACCAACUUCCAAAAUGUCGCUCUCCCAAAAAGGGAGCGCCACCAUUCUCGACGACCAUGAAACCGCUAUCCCCUCCAAAGACGACGGCGGCGACUUCCGCGCCAUCGACCCUCACUCGGGCGUCAAGCGCGGUCUCAAGACUCGACACCUAUCCAUGAUGGCCCUGGCCGGCAUCAUCGGGCCCGGUCUUCUCGUCGGAUCCGGCGGUGCUCUACAUUCCGGCGGCCCUGCGUCGCUGCUUAUUGGCUUUGGAGUCAUUGGCCUCAUUGCCUUUUCCAUCAUGCAGAGUCUGGGCGAGCUGACGACGCUGUACCCCAGUGGAGGCGCGUUUACGGAUCUUGGGGACAGGUUUAUUGAUAAGGCCUUUGGUGUGGCGGUCGGGUGGAAUUAUCUUAUUAUUUGGGUUUGUGUCCUGGCGAACGAGUAUAAUGUGAUUUCAAGCGUCAUGGUGGAUUGGAGCGAUAAGGUCCCGCUUUGGGGGUACUUUUUGAUAUUUUGGUUCGCAUUUUUGGGCUUUCAACUCCUCGGUGUCGAGACAUUCGGUGAAGCCGAGUUCUGGCUGGCGCUUAUUAAGCUUAUGGGACUGGUGGCCUACUUCAUCUUUAGCAUUAUUUACGUCUCCGGAGGCGUCAAAGGCGCAGACGCCAUCGGCUUCAAGUACUGGCACGACCCCGGCCCGUUCGCCGAUGGCUUCCGCGGCGUCGCCUCCGUCUUCGUCUUUUGCUCCACCUUCUACGCAGGUGUCGAAUCCGUCGCCGUAGCCGCUACCGAGACCAAAAACCCGGGUGUCGCCGUCCCGCAUUCCAUCCGCCAAGUCUUCAUCCGCAUCGUCGUCGUCUACAUGGGCUGCGCCUUCUUCUUCGGGUUGACCUGCCCGUCGAACGCCCCCGAUCUCUCCGGCGGGGCCAGCCAUGCCCUCAAGUCGCCCAUGACCAUCGCUCUCCAUAACGCAGGCUGGGCAAACGGCACCCACCUGAUCAACGCCUUCAUCUUCGUCACCUGCUUGAGCGCCGUCAACAGCUCGAUUUACAUUGGCAGCCGCACCCUCUUGUACAUGGCGCAGGACGGAAAAGCGCCCAGGUUCCUCGGCUGGACGGAUCGUCGUGGCGUUCCUGUUUACGCCAUCAUCUUCACCAAUGCGUGCGGAGCCCUCUCGAUGAUGAACGUCAGCACGGGCGCAAGCAAGGCGUACGGGUACAUCAUCAACCUAAGUGGUGUCUCGACCUUUUUGGUCUGGGGCGCCAUCAGUCUGAUUCACAUCCGCUUCCGCGCCGCGUGGAAGGCACAGGGGCACAGCCCGGAGGAGCUGCCGUAUAAGUCCUUGUGGUACCCGUGGAAUGCCUACUUUGGCCUGAUUUCCAAUGUCUUUUUGGCUUUUGUGCAGGGCUGGUCGACGUUGGCUCCGUUUGACGCGGGCAAUUUCGUGGAUGCCUACAUCCUGUUGCCGUUGUUUCCUGUGAUUUACUUUGUGUACAAGUUCACGUUUAAGACGCGGUUGUGGCGGCCGCAUGAGGUUGAUCUUCAGGCCGGUAGGCGGCGGGAUCUUGAUGAGGCCAAGGAGGUGGAGAGGGGAGCGGAUGGGAGGCCAUUGCCAUGGUGGAGGAAGAUCUUUUCCAGUCUAUAACUGCCUGUUGUUCAUGUAAUAUCAGCAAUGCCAAGUGUGAGAGGAGAAUAGCACUCUCCACGAAUGAUGACAGUACUGUGAUUCCU